UAACAAUUUAAUGAUUCUAUCCCAAGAAAUUGCGGCUUGGUCUGGCUUAUAGUAAUGAGCAGAAAUUUUAUUGGCCACUUGAAUAUCGCCCUCGAGGAGGAGAUACGAAAGCUUUGCGCAUGAACCUCCUACCAUACCGAACGAUUCAUUCAUAAAAAAAAUCCAUCCCACAAAUAUUCGCUCGCAUGCAUUCACUACUUUUCACUAUACACAACACGACAUGUAGUAGAAGAACAGAAUCCAAAAUAUACCAAAUAAUAACAGUAUAGUUGAUCAUAGUGAAAGGAAACAUGAUACUAUGAAUAAAAUAGUGGACAAGGUUAAGAAUGCUUCGCACUCAAAUAAGGUGUAAAGUGUAAGUGUACAUUUAGAUAACAAUAAACCAUGGGAAAGAGUGAAAUCGAUAGAUUACAACCUAGCCAGUUGAGUGCACACAUUGGAGAUGGCAACAUGGAUAACCAGCCGAGUCUCUACACCAGCAACAACAAUGAGAGCAAGAAAGCUGCUGAGGAUGUUGAUGAGGAGGCAGAGCCAGUGGAGUUGGAGAACCAGGUGGCUGGACACACAAAUGAUGGACACAAUCUAGGCAUGUUGAAGUACAAAGGAGCGGUCUUGAAGCCGAUCACCAAGGUGGUGAACGGUGAACGCGAGUCGUGUUUCUACAACGAUCUGGACGCCUCGUACAGCGCCAGUCUGAAGCAGCUCAAGCAGUUCGUGCCUCAGUAUUUCGGGAAGGAGGUCGUCCCGAUCGGGGAUAAGUUGGUGGAGUGUCUUGUGCUGGAAGAUUUGACUAAGGGGUUAAAGGAGCCCUGCAUUAUGGACAUCAAGAUAGGAAGAAGGACGUGGGAUCCGCGCGCCAAUCUGGAUAAGAUCAAAAAGGAAGAUGAGAAGUACAAGGAGACGAAGCGAGAUCUGGGCUUCUGCGUGCCGGGAUUUCAAGUAUACAAAAUAACGAACGGCAAGCUGAAGAAGUACGGAAAGGAGUAUGGAAAGAAGCUGAACAAGGAAUCUAUAAUUGAAGCUUUCAAGGUGUUCCUCAAUGGUGACAUCGCUUGGAGUAGGUGUCUCUUGGUGCAGCUGCUGGUCAACUUGUGGCGAAUACAGAAUUGGGCUAAGAAGCAAACUGCGGUGCGGUUGUACUCCUCUUCGAUCCUCUUAAUCUACGACGCGCGACGCCUGAAGCAGAACCUUGAGAUCAACGGAUGUUUGAGACAAACCAAGCCGAAGCCUCCAGUGCUGAAGCGAUCUGCAAGUUUGUAUAGACCUUUAAGUAUUGCCAUCCUGCACGACAAAGAAUCCGUUCGUACUGGGUUCAGCGGACAACUCAACGCGGAUGGUCCAAUUUUCACCAACAGCAAACCAUCAUCACCUAGGAUCAUCAAUUGCGCUCCGAGCAUCACCAGGAAGGAAGUGCCUACGCUGAAACGCAUGCACUCGUUUCACAAUAACUACGACAAAGAUUUGCAGACGAUACGCGAUAACUACGUUUACAUGUUGGAUGAUCUGGUGAGCGAGCAGAAGACGGAACUGUGGGCCACAGCAAAGAUGAUCGACUUCGCGCACGCCUAUCCAGCCGAGUCCAACACCAUUGACUACAACUAUUUGGAUGGCAUCGAGAAUCUCGUGAAGAUUUUCGAAGGAUUCUUGUCAGAAUGUGAUAAUAGAAACUAACUUAUAAGACUGUAUAUUACUUGUAUAGAACGACAAUUGCCAAUUUAAACAAAACAGAAAACUACAUAUUUUUAUAUAUAUAAAUUAAUAAAGAUUUUAACCACAAACUCGCAU